AUGGCGGCACACCAUAUAGCCAUCGCUAAGGCAUCGUUUGCUGCUUCCUUACUUCGUCCAGAUGUGGUCAAGGUGUCUCGCGAUGACCUUCCCAAAUUCCACAGCGCCUUCGAGGCUACCCUAGUUCAUUGCUCAAGGCACAACAUACAGUCCUGCAAAGAUUGGCUCCUUCAAAAUGUCCUUGUCGCGCCUGCAAGAAUUGCUGCUUUUGGGAAAUUUUUGACCACAGUGUCGAGGUAUCUUGCGCUUCCUCCAGACGGAAGCGUCAAGGUCAGCCUCGCCCGACAACGACUACAUAUUCUCUACCUUGUCCAUGACCUUCUGCAUCACUCAAAAUAUCACACACCUGAAGCGACACCUCUAGAUCGCGUCACGAGCUCUCUGCAACCGUAUCUCCUCGAUCUUUUCCAGUUCGCUAGGCCGGAGCGAAAGACGAAGGUCUCGAGACGACUGCAAGAUUUGCUUGAGAUAUGGCGACAAGAACAUUAUUUUGGCGCAGAUGUCCUUGUCCAGCUAGAAAAGGUGCUUUCUGGCGCGCAGCCACAAGCUGCAGUCAAACCCGAAGAACGAGCUGGAUCAAAUGGAGAAGUAAAGCAAGCCCCAUACGUCUUGCCUGCGACACACGGCGAUCCAUCUCUGCCAUUCUAUGAUCUACCGGCGGGGAAUCUCAUGCCUCAUAUCGUUCCCAACAGCUCACAACCAAUUCGGCCCGACGACGUCCAGGCAUUACGAUUCUCGAGUGGCCCGGCGGACGACAGUCUGAUUAACGCACUGAAGGACUUCUUGGAUGAUGUGCAAGGAAUCGAAGACAGGAUUUCGAAGUUGGACAAAGAGGCGUCGAGUCUUGAAAUCGAUGAGAUGGGUCAAAUAUCAUACCAUGAUGAAGCAGGAGACGUGGUGGGCGAUACAUACUACGGCUGGUCGCGUGCUUUCUGCGAGAAGAUGAAGAGGCGUGGCAGAAGUGACACUGAUGGCUCACCUCGACAAGUCAGCUCAGCCAAUUCGAGUCGUAGUCGCAGUCGCGGUCGCGGUCACAUCCCCUACAAGCGGCGGCGUUACAGCGAUUCUACGGAUGAUCGAUCGCGGACCCCCAGGUCAUAUAGCAGGUCAACUUCGCGACCGAGAUAUACGGGACCGAGAACCGAACGAAGUGACAGCCGCAACAGAAGCCGCAACAGAAGUCGGUCACGGUCGAGCGGCCACUCACGUCCUCGCGAUUCGAAGGGCGCGGGGUUGCCGCCCGGUCAGAACUUCAUCAGUUCAAUGCCAUCCAGCAUUACACUUCCAAUUCCACCACCUCCGCCAGGUAUGGGUUUUCCUUUCCCGCCGCCGCCGCCAUUCCAACCUGGCGGCUUGCCCUUCCCUCCUCCGCGUCCACCCAAUUGGGUUGGGCCGUGGCCACCACUACCGCCGCCGCCUCCCACAUAUCUUUCUAGCAAUCCUGUUAUCCACAAUCUUCACUUUCCACCGCCACCGCCGAAUUUGCCAACGCCCCCACCACCGCCUCCUGCGGGCUGGCCUCCGCCGCCUGGAACCGCGUACGGCGGUAACAAUGGUUAUCCGGGAGGACGCUGA